AUGCCCUCGAAAAGCGUCUACACUGACCUGCCUCAACGAGGGGAAAGCUUGGGAUCGAUAAGUCUCAGACGGUCGCAGCGGACCCGUCAUCCAGCUGAUGGCAUUGCGCCGGCAUAUCAACAGCUCACCGGAAUGGCUCAAGAGCGUGCGUGCCUCACUCGACGCACCGUGGCAGCCCUCGGUCGCAGCUCGCGGGCUCCGUACGCGGGCCUCGCAUCGGAUCGGGUCAGUGAACCCGCCCGCCCCCUAUCGGGUUGCCGAACUUUAAUCGUGACCGCGAUCCGACGCUCCCGACGCGACCGACGACGUCCCUAUGAAAAAUUAAUUAGCGACCCGCCUCUCGCCGGUGCCGUUCUGGCCGCCGUCGACGGAUUUUUCAUCGGCGCAUCGUCAUAG